GUGUGAGGUGCAGGGGUUCCGAUUCUGGACCCGGGAGGAUUUGAUUGUUGCUCGUAGCAAUGCGCGACCCCGGCGCCGGGGGAAGGGAAGGGCAGGGGAGCAGAGAGAUGGCGCCGAGGAAUGGUCGGGGCCGGGGCCGGGGCCGGGAGCGCUGCGUGUUGACCUUCAGCGAGGAGGAUAGGAGGGAGUUUCUAACUGGCUUUCACAAGCGAAAGGUGGAGAGAAGGAAAAAGGCCUUGGACGAAAUUAAAAAGAAACUGAAGGAGGAACACAAACGUGUGAAGGAGGAGAGACGCAAAGAAUAUGUGAAGAUGUUUAAGGAAAGACAAGAAGCUUUGGAGGAAGCUGACGAGUUGGAUCAACUGACAACCUCCAAGAAAGAGUCCAUUCAGUAUGACCAUCCAAAUCACACGGUUACUGUGACAACGAUCAGCACUUUAGAUUUGGGUGGGACCAAUUUGUUCUUCCCUGGUGCCAAACAGUCGGAAGAAGAUGAGGAAGAGCAGGCAGUGGAGAAUGAUGCGGAAGAGGAAACACCUGUGAAGACCGACGACCCAUUACCCAGGAAACGAGCUGAGCCCAUAAUGUCUGCAAAGAUUUCUUCGCUGACAUCUGCGCUGCACUUGGCAAAUAAAAAUCAGAAAAGAAAGAAGAGGAAAGAUUCUCACAAUAAGUUCAAACCCCCUACCAAAGGCAAAACUACAAAAUCACAAAGGAGAAAACGGACAGGAAAACCAGGGGGUGAGAUGUGAAUCUCACAAAACCCUUUCUCUUGGACUUAUUUAUGCUCAAAUCCCAUGGUGCCUGAGCGACAUCAGUGCUUGAACUAAGUAAUCAAAAUCCCAGGACCUCUUUGUAACCGGAGGCAGUUUGGCCAGAAAAUAGUUGAUUGUAGUUUGCUAGACUUGGAAGAUCAAUCCUUGUAAGGGCUAUGUGCUUGAAUUUUAUCUUAAGGUGAUACUUCUACUGAUAAAUAAUGGCAGAGUGCAUAGGAGAGUAGUUGUUUUGGGACCAAUGGUUCUAGUUCAGGACCCUGGCAUCUAAUAUACAUUGUUCUUCGUCUACAAAAUUCCCUCAAUCUGCAGCACCGAUAUAUGUGAAAUUUGCUAAUGUGGUCUGUGUACAUCUUGUAGGACCAUGGGCAUCUCUUUGUCAAUUACUUCAAGUCUACAAUGAGAUAAGGUCAUUCAGUAUUAGCCUGCUCUGCUUGGAGUUACAGGUGUUCUGAGGUGGACUUUAUCUGGCCUCUGCAGAUCCUGAAAUGCAUACAAAGUUGCACAAAGUAUUCCUGGAAUAUCAAGUGGCUCUAUUAAUAACUUUCUGUCCUUUUUUUCUUAUGUCUUCAUCAAGCUCACUUUUAAAGGUGCCAAUUAAACUUGAGAAUCCAUUACUGUGUUGGGUGGGUGGGGAAUGGCUUCUGCUUUUUGUUCCAGUUUAAGAAUUUAGUGUUUCAUCCUUAGCCUCUUGCUGAAUGUGCAGGUUAUAUUGUUUGGUUAUUUUAACCUGAUCUGAAUCCAUUUUUUUUCAAACUAAAUUUUGUUCCUACUUUUUGUAAAACGUGUUUAUUGCCUUGUCAGAAAUGAAGUAAGAUUUUUCUGUGGCCUGACUCGGAGAGCAUUAUGAAGAACUGUGUCCUGUGUCUUACGUGACUUGAUGCAUUGGUGUUGCUGGUGUUGGUUGGGACAGCUUUCAAGCUUCACAACUGAACAGCUGUAAGGCGUCAACUCUCUUGAGCUGCCUUUUGCAUUCUGCAUCCAGUAGUUGAUUUGUUGUUCAACUGAAUUUGAUCCUUCUGCAACUAUUUCAACAAUGCGAGUUGCAGCAUUGGACCACCUGUGGGAUUACAUUCAGCAUUGAAUCAGCUACAGGACUUGCCAGCAGUUGUACUUGCAGAGCAAAAACAUGUGGAAUUAUCUUCCAGAAGGUGGAGUUUUGCAAAGUGAUAGGGGUGUAUAAUCCUUUCACUUCAUACUGUGCGGCACCAUGACUUGUUAUGAUUGCUACUAAUUUUUAAGAAAAACUACACACAUCAUUCUCGUUAUGAGAGGUUGUGUGAAAUUGUCCAAACAUAUCUGUGCUGAUGUAGUAAGUCCCUAGAUUUUUCUUCAGAAGAUGGGGUUUUCUCAGUCAAAAGAAAUUCAGUGCUUUGAAUUAUUAACAUCAAUACUGAUAGUCAAAGUUAAACACGUACCUGAAGGCUUUUGUUUUACUGGGUAGUUUAUGUUUGUUUUCCAGUUAGCUUCACUAUAGGCUAGGGAGCAUUUUUUGGACUGACCACUGCAUAAAUUAAGGUGUACUGUACUGUUGGGGAUGCUAUCUUUUGUGUUAGAUGCAAAGCUGAGGCUCCUUCUGCCCUCUCAGUGAAUAUAGAAGUUCCCAUGUUACAAACUAAAGAGUAG